AUGAGCAAGGCCUUGGAUCGAAUUUCUAAGUCACCCUUCACACGCAAGAUAGAAGGGGCUAAGCUCCCUCGGCAAUUCCAUCAACCUACUUUCACUAUGUAUAACAGUCGAACGGACCUCGUAGAGCAUGUAAGCCAGUUUAACCAGAGGAUGGCUGUCCAUUCCAAAGACGAGGUUCCUUUAAGCAGGCUGACCCAGGCCUUUAGCUCUCGCUUCAUCACAAGUAGCAGGGUUCCUCGGCCCUUGGAUUUUCUAUUGUCUUUGUCCAUGCGAGAAGGGGAGACCUUGAAAGCCUACUCAGACAGGUAUUGGGAGAUGUACAAUGAUAUAGACGGUAACUAUGACGACGUCGCCAUCGGCACCUUCAAGAGUGGCCUCCCAACUGAGCAUGGUUUAAGAAAAUCUCUAACAGGAAAGCCUGUCACCAGCCUGCACCAACUCAUGGACUGA